AUGCUGAUUACCUGUUCUGUCGCAGACCCAAUGGCUACCGUCACUGAGAGUGCGCCGAGAAGCACGCCCAGCAAGAACCCAGACGGCGGCAUGGGCGCACGUACUGUCCCUAUUAUUACCACCCCUACACCGACACCGACCAUAAAGACGUCUGCGCCCUCUCCAGCUGGGGAACCAAUGGAUAUCACCACACCUACCAACUCCUCCGCUCCACAAAGUGUUGGCAAGAGUUCCGAGGGGGAGGGAAGCGACUCGAAUGACCGCCUAAACACGGCUCCUACGAGCGACCAGCACUCGGCCAGCAGUUCCAACAGUAUGCCUGCGCCUGCCGCCGCCGCCGCCGCUGUUCACCAGCCCAAGAUCGUCCAGACGGCAUUUAUCCAUAAGCUAUACAACAUGUUGGAAGAUCCGAACAUACAGCACCUCAUCAGCUGGUCAAGCUCCGCCGAAAGCUUUGUAAUGUCACCUUCACACGACUUCUCCAAGGUCUUGGCGUAUGUACCCGAACAUGUGGAAGAGGAUUCGCAUGGAAGAGGAUUCAGACUAAUGAUUGCCAGCCAAUACUUCAAACACACCAACAUCUCGUCAUUCGUUCGACAGCUGAAUAUGUACGGAUUCCACAAAGUGAGCGAUGUCUUCCAUACUGGCAGCCCUGAAACGGCGCUUUGGGAGUUCAAGCACGGCAAUGGCAACUUCAAAAGAGGCGACCUGGUUGGAUUGCGCGAAAUCAAGCGUCGCGCUUCUCGCCAUGCCCUCGUUCAUCGAGAGUACAACAACCAAAAGCCGACACCGUCACAGCCAGGCACACCAGCAGAACCCAUGCCAUCAGUUCAUGACGGUCUGGAUCCUCGACAUACAAAUAUCGAACACUCUUUAUAUGAGGCCACCGUCAGGCUGCAGCGUAGCGAGCACGAGGCGCACUACAUGCAAGUGAAGCAGCAGACCAUGGUCGAGACGAUAAACCGCCUGCUGCAGUUCAACCAUGAGCUGUCAAGAACAGUCCUGUCUUUGGUUCCGCCUGACAAUCCAGCUCAUAGGGAUGUUAUGGCUUUGCAAGGAGAGAUCCAACGCCAAUCCGAGGCCUUUCGCAUGAUUGACGAACCACAUGAGCCACCUGUCUCGGGUAGCCGUCAAUACUUUGCUAACCUUGACAACCCACCUCUAUCUCCUCGGCAGCUUGCCCAGGAUGACCGAAAUGCCAUCGAAUCUAUCAAUCAACUCACGCCGGCCCUAUGGAUCGAUCAGUGGGACCACGACCCAAUCUUCCCCUUCUCCUCUUCGAUCCCAACCACCGCCACCACCACCUGGUCCUCACCCUCUGCCAAUCCACCACCACCGCCACCACCUCCAUAUCUUAACUCGGGUCCGCCAUCUUCUCACUGGCCAUCUUCUCCAAGCCGAAUGCCUGUGGAAGACUAUCGGGGUCGUGAACCCCCUUCGCACUACUCUCUUUCGCGACCUGCCACUCCGCCGGCGCCCCCCUUUUCCAAUGGCAACAUUGGCAAUGGUCUGGAAAGCCUGAACAACUGGUCUUGGAAUUCGGCCGGCAGGGAGAAUAGAAACCUCUCCAUCAAGGACAUGUCUGCACCACCUACCCGGAGAGGAAGCAUGGCACACAUACUGAACCCCACCGACACUGUGGAGCGAGAUGAUGAGGAUGACCCAAGAGAAAAUGAUGAUCGAAAGCGCAGGCGAAUGUGA